ACGCCGCGGCAGACGACAUGCGGCUCACAAUCCCUGGAGCCGCGACCACUUUAACGUACUGACUAAAAGUAGCAAACGCGACGGCCGCCAUGCCUGCACAACCUCGCGGGAAUUGCCUCUCCCAAGUUGCCAGCCCAACCCCAGAGUAACUCCCGCCCCAACCGCAACUCGUCGUCAUGGCCGCUUCGGCUUCGGGAGGAGCCAGCCUCCCGCACCGCGCCGUGUCUAGCAUCCGCGGCGGCGCAGCGCCCUCUGGAGACUCGUCGUCGUCGGCCAACCCGCGCACGCCCGUCCGCUCGAUGCCGUCCAUCCCCUCCCAGUUCAACUCGCCGUCCUCCCUCCGCGCCGAGGACGAGGUCCUGGUUAUAGAACUGGGCUCCCGCAGGCUGCGCGCCGGGUUCGCUGGUGACGCCGUGCCCAAGGCCCUGGUGUCCUUCAGCCCGGCACAGACGCGCCGUGUUGGAGACCUGCGCGCCUGGGAGGUCGGCUUCGUCGACGACUGGGCCAGAGGCACCAAGUGGGGUGAGGAGCACGAGCUGUGGAGGCACGAUGUCAGGGGCUUGGAUCUUGGCCUGGUUGGGGACCGGAUGGAGAGGGGGCUGAGGGAGGCCUUCAAUAAAUAUCUUCUAAUUGACUCUCGGCCUCGGAGGAUGGUUGUUGUUCUACCGUCUGGCGUGCCACUGCCUCUCCUGGCCACCGCGCUGGACACGCUGUUCAACAGGUUCCACGCCCCCGCCAUCUCACUUCUGUCCUCACCUGUCGCUUGUGCGAUCUCCGCUGGUGUGCGCUCGGCACUGGUUGUCGACAUGGGCUGGUCUGAGACGGUCGUGACCGGCGUCUACGAGUUCAGAGAAGUGCACAGCAGCCGCAGUGUCCGUGCUGGCAAGCUGCUGGUUGACAACACACACAAGCUGCUGGCAACCGCCCUCGGAAAAGCACCGCGUCCCGACGAGGACGGCGCUGAGGGGAAGGCCGAGCACUUUGUGUCGUUUGAGGAGUGCGAAGAGAUCGUCAACCGGCUGGUAUGGUGCAGGCAUUCCCGCGGUCAGUCGUCAAGGAGCCAACCGCCCCAGGAAGGCCUACCCACCGUCACCGAGCAGGACGAGUCCGAAUCAACCAGCCCACCAGCAUCCGGCAGUCCGCCUAGCACUUCUAUCUGGUUGAAAUCGACCAGCCCGCCCAAGAAACUCGACAUGACCUAUGACCAGCUCGCCACCCCCUCUGAGGACACGUUCUUCGCUUCCGAGCAGCCCCAGCAAGCCUUCGAUGAUGAGGAGCUGCCCAUCCCCCUUCUCAUAUAUCACAGCCUUCUGAAGCUACCCAUGGACGUCAGGGCCCUGUGCAUGGCACGCAUUAUUUUCACCGGCGGCUGCUCAAGCGUCUUGGGCCUCCGCGGGCGGGUCUUUGACGAGGUGAGCUCGCUCAUCGAGAGACACGGGUGGGAUCCCGUACGUGGCAAGGGGGUGGAGGCUUACAAGUCCAACCCGAAGCUUCGGCGGGGAAGCAAACAGGCGGGUGAUGGCGGGCCCACAGGCGCCGAGGGCACCGGCGACACAGGAGGUGGAGGGGGCCACGAGGUCGACGGCAUGUGGGUCGACGCGCCCAAACAGGAGAGGGAGCCAGAACUGGACCCGAUUGAUGACCAGCUGCGGAAAGGAAGGCACCAGGAAAAGCCAGGGUUGCAGGGGCAGUUGCGGGCAGUCGAGUCCCUGGGAGCAUGGAGCGGAGCAAGCCUGUUGAACCUGCUCAAGCUGCCGGCCCUGGCAACGGUAGAACGUGAAACAUGGAGGGAGCAAGGGAUAAUGGGGGCAUCGCGACCAACCGAGGUGGACCACAAGGUUGCCCAGCGUCAGAGUAUGGGUGCCGGCGGUCUGAUGCGCAACACCAAUGCAAACUGGACGCUGGGUGUGUGGGGAUAUCUUUGAGCUGUGGAUAGGAGCUUCCCCCUGGUGAGCAGCCUGCCAGAUGGCCUGCAUGUGUAUGUCACAACUUGGACGCUUCUCAAUUCCCUGAGUACCUGGGCACCUCGGUAGCUACCUAGGUAGUGUACACAAAGUGAGGUGGGUGGCCCCCACACUCCCAUUGCAAUUGACCAGAAUAAGGCACACGGGCAAGAAAGCACUUGCAGAGGGUAUAGGAG